UGAUGGUUAGUUGCUUAUGAUUAUGCAUCUAAUUAUGAUGCAAAAUCUGUUGCCUUUAAGGUUCAUGCGUGUUUGAUAAUUUGCAUUUGGUAUUGCAAAUAUGAUGCAUACUGUAGUGGCAAUUUUUUUUAUCUGCAUUUAGGUGUACAUUGUUUUGCAUGGAUACUUGGGUCUUUUAGAUUUGUAUGAAUCUUUUCCUUGAUAGCUCUAAAAAUGGUAGCUAGAUGCUAUUAAAUUUAAGUAAUGUUUGUGGUUUCUCCAUAGAUAGAACAAAUGAGCUCUUUCAAAACAAGGGUAAAACUUCGACUGUUCAUUAGUCACGGUUUUGCAUGUGAUAGUUAUUUAAUUUAUUGCUUUACGUAGUUGCAUGUGAUACUUAUUUAAUGUAUGUCUUUGCUGUACUUAGUUGCCUGGUGCCAUUGCUUAUCUUUUUAUUACCGUAGUUGUGUUGUGUAAUGUUAUGCUUUUUCUUAUUCUUCUACUGUUUGUUAUUUAUUUAUUUUUAUUAAUUUUUGGUUAUUGGCAUUCCAAAGCAUUAUUGAAUGUUGAUCAUGUUGAUGUUUUGUUUGAUUUGUUGCAUCUGUGAUGUGUAGUUUGUUCUCUGCUACAUGUUUUGUACUUGUUAGAUUACUGGUGGAUGAAUUUGAUGCUGCACUUUGGAAGGUUGGCAGAGGUUGACAAGGAAGUAGCAAAAGAAUUUGAUGGAAAACAUUUUCACAUUCUUCCUUUUUUUGCUGUUUUGGAGAUUUCGGCAUCCUUUAGCAAAUCAGUCUAUGAGAUUGGAUUUUGGUUCUAUACAAUUCAUAGAGAGCAAGGGAUAUUACUGGGUAUCAAAUCGGUCUCCGUUUUAGUGGAGGUGCCCCGUAUGCUUUUAAUGUUGUCACUAAAGUUUGGCAUUAUACCAAUUGUGGUGCCAGUUGGUGUUCGAGAUUUUGACAUUGAUGGGGAACAUUGGGUCAAUUCGGGAUUGAUACCAACAGAGGCUUUUGUAGGAGCUGUAAUAUUCUCUAGUUUUUAUUCAUAAAACACUUGUACAAUUUCCUCUUGCUAAUUCAGAUUUUGUUUUUAGUUUUUGUACA